AUGAUUGAUAUGGCCUCCGAUUCCGAUGCUCAAGCAGUUUUUCAGUUCUCGUGCCUCAAAGUUACUACAAGAUCGUUUGAUGAUCCGUUCGAGUUGUGUACAGGGAGAGCCUUUGCAGAAGUUUUAAGCGAUAUUGAUCCAUAUCAUUUCGACGAGAAUUGGCUUGACACAAUGCCAGCAUUUACAACGAAAUCAAAUCUUGUCGUAAAGCAGAGCAAUAUUAGAAAGCUUUGGCGACGAAUUUCGGAUUUUAUCACAAACUCUCUGAAUCGUCGAAUUUUUUCGACACGAUGGAAUAAUAUUGAUGAGCGGCUCGAAGGGCUAGAAGAAACAGACAUACCGGUGGCGCUUGACUUAGCUAUGCUUGUUGUCACUUUAGCGCAUGUCGGACCAACUAAACAAAAGUUCGUUGAGCAUUCAACCCAAAUACUGAAAACGAACAAGUCUUCUAUGGAAAAUAUAGCGCGAAUGCUGCAAAUGAUAAUGGAAGAGAUUCCUGAAUCGAAUACUAUUGAAAUCCAGUCACCACGAGAGAGCAUUGAAUCAGAGCUUGAUGUCUCGAUUCCGUCUCGCUCUUCGCAUCACUCAAACGGCUUUCGUGUCAGUAUUUCUCAGUCUAACGCUGAGUCGCUGCAAUCUCAGAUCGAUCGACUUCAAGAGGAAAAUCAGAAGUUGCGCGAGGAAAGCGAGAAGCUCAUGAAGCAGCUGGAAAAUAACGAAUGCGCCAAAAGCAAUACGAACGAUUCAACCUCGAUUGUUUUCCUCGAGCAGAAGAACGAAGAAUUGAAGCAAAAGAAGCGUGAAGCGGAGGAAAAAAUGCAUGAAAUGGAAGGCCAACUGGAAAUGCUUCGGCCGGCUGUGAAAGAAUUGACGAUUGAAAAUGAACAACUCAAACAGUUGCAAAAAGAAAUCUCGCCGCUCAAAUUGGAGCUACAAGUCGCAAGAGACGACCUCGAAGUUUGGCGUGAAAAAGCCGAACGAGCCGCUAUCGAUGCUGAGUUAUUAAAGAAAAAAGAUCGAGAAAUCAAAGACUUGAAUCAGCAAGUCAAAAUUUUAAACAGUCGCCUAGAGCAUCAUGUUAAACAGUCAACGGUCGAAGAAAAUAAUAAAGAAGGAAUGAAGAGCUUAAGGCAACACAUAGGAAUGCUUAAAGGACAACUCGAAACGAAGGAUGUUGAGCUGAUCUCGAAAACAUCUAUUAUUUCGAAGCUGGAAGCGGAUCUAAUUAGUGCUAAAGAAAGAAUCAAAGUUCUUGACGAAAAGAAGGAUGAGUUAAUUGCUGAAAGAAAUAGUCUUCAAGAAAAAUUGAUUAAAGCUAGUGAAUCUGUAAAUGAGCGAUCUCUUCACGAUUCUAUUUUUGACGGCCAAAAUCUCUCAUUUGAUGCAAAUAUUGGGGACAAACCACUUCUGGCACUUGAAAUUGAUAAUCAACGACUGAAGGAACGAAUCCUGGAACUUGAAGAUCUUGAGCCUCUUAAAGGAGAGAUUAUGAUCGUUAAAAAUCGAAACAGUGCCCUAGAGCAAGAAAACCAGUUGAUUUCCAAACAACGUGAUGAUCUUCAAGAAGAAGUGAACCAGCUACAAGAAAAACUUGAAAAAAUGCGCCAGACUGUUAGCGGCGAUGUAGUAGAAUUGAAAGUUCAGCUGGAAAAAGUUUCACUUGAUGAGCAACGAGCUCGCGAGACUGCACAGAAGGCAGAAGAUAGAUUGGCGGAUAUUGAAGCGUUGAUGGAAAAGAAGUCAAAGGAGAAUGAAACACUUCUAUUAGAUCUGAAUCGAGCAAAGCUGAUAAUUGAUGAUUUGGAUAAAUUGAAUAAACCAGUUGGAGAAGAUCAAGGUACAUCGGUUCAGCAAUUUAAGCAACUUCAACUAGACAACGAGCAAAAGACAAAGAGGAUAAUUUCUCUCGAGACUGAAUUAAAAUCACUUUCUACGCAAUACCAAGAAGAGAUUCGAUUGCUUACCAGCAAUGUGCACAAAACGGUUGUUGAUCGAAAUCGAGAUGCAAUGAGUUAUCGGCGGGCCGAGGCUGGAAGCGACUCGUCCCCAGCAACAUCGACAACACUUCGAAAUCAGAAAUUGAAACAAGCAAUAACGUGGAGUACUGUGGUUUUGUUUUUGUAUGGAACGGUGUUGACGAUGAUAGCAAUCCUGAAUCAUACGUUCUCGCCAACAAAAGCUUAA